AAAUGCAUUCUUUUCAGCAUAGUGGAAGCCCCUUUGCUCAACACCUUGCCUCUCACCAGAACCCAAAUCAAUGGCCGUCAGGAGCUCUUGUUACCAUCACCCUUCUUCCUCCAUGGCCAGGGUCAGCCCAAGGUUUGGCACAAAGAAGGCAGCCUUCAGGUGCAGCACCUCUGCUCAUGGCAGCAGUUCUUCAUCACACCUCUCCUUCGCUGCUGCAACUGACAGGAAGAAGGUGUUUGAGGACCAAUUGAGAGGGAUAGUGUGCUACAGAGAUGAGAAGGGGGAGAUGAUCUGUGAAGGGUAUGACGAGGGCCCGAGGCUCGGAACGCAACUGCCGGAGAAGGCCUGCUUCCCAUGGCCUGUGGAAGUUCAGAUCACUGAUUUCAUCCAGCUGGCAACGCUCCGGGUUUUUGAGGACGCCGAUGUUCUUCAGCUCAAGGGUGAUCUUUAGAAGAGGCAGCUGUGAACAUGUAAGCAGAUCUGUCUAGAAUGGUGCUUCGUAAGAAUAACUGCAAGAGGUGUUGCACUUAGUUACUCACUCAUUCUGCUUCCCCUGUUCCAUCCUCCUAGUUCAGAAGGGGAUGGACCUGGGGAAUUGAAGACGUAUGUUGAAGAGGCAGCACUGCAGAGCGCAUAGUUUGGUUAAUUUUAUCAGGAUUAACACUAUGUUUCAUCAAAAUUACUACUGUUCUUCUCAGUGUAGUAUAGAAGCACACUUAUGAAAUGGUGAAGUUGUUUGUGCAGAAGCACUUCUGCAAGGAUGAGAUUGUGUGACUUUUCUAUCCGUAGAGUGAUUAAAUAGAGAUUUGCAUA